GUAAAAUUCAGAGAAUUCCAAUUUGCUCAAACUAUGAUAUUUGCCACUGAAGAAAUAAACAACAGGACAGAUAUCCUCCCUGGUAUAUCACUGGGUUAUAAGAUAUAUGAUGACUGCAGUUCCAUACCUUUGGCUAUAAGGGCAGGCAUGGCUUUAGUGAAUGAACAGGAAGAAAAUAUGUACUCUAACAAGGCCUGUACCAAACCAUUUACCGUCCAUGCUAUAAUAGGACCCUCUAGUUCUUCACCAACUAUAGGAAUUGCAACAACAAUAAGAGCUUUUCACAUACCAGUGAUUAGUCACUUUGCAACAUGUGAAUGUUUGAGUAACAGGAAUAAGUACCCUUCAUUUUUCAGAACCAUACCAAGUGAUUAUUAUCAAAGCAGAGCCCUGGCACAGCUUAUGAAGCAUUUCGGAUGGACUUGGGUUGGGACAAUUAGAAGUGACAAUGAUUAUGGCAACUCAGGAAUGGCUACCUUUGUGAAAGCAGCCAGACAGGAGGGAGUUUGCAUUGAAUAUUCAGAGACUAUUUACAGAACGUAUCCAAGAGAAAAACUAAUUAACACUAUAAAUGUUAUAAAAAAGUCAUCUUCAAAGGUUAUUGUAGUUUUCACUUCUUAUACAGAUUUUGAUUUUCUGGUUAAAGAACUGUUGCUUCAGAAUGCUACUGGUUUUCAGUGGAUAGGCACUGAAUCUUGGAUUUCUGACAAAAACCUUGCAGCAGCAGGAAGUUUCAGAGUUCUGGGUGGGGCACUAGGUUUCGCAGUCGGUAAUGCAGUAAUUACAGGUUUGGAGGAGUUUUUACUGAACGUCCGUCCAUCUGACACCCCUGGGAAUUCAGGCUUAAAAGAUUUCUGGGAAACUGUUUUCAGUUGCACCCUGACUACCCCAAAAAAGACCUCACCUAUUAAUCCAUGUACAGGGUCUGAGAAUUUAGCAGAGGUAAAAAAUCAGUACACCGAUGUAUCUGAUCUGGGAAACGCCAAUGAUGUCUAUAAAGCUGUGUAUGCUGUAGCCCAUUCACUACACAAUCUGUUUACAUGCGAAAGUGGCCAGGGACCUUUUGCUGGUAAGACAUGUGCAAAUAAGAAGAAGAUUGAACCAUGGCAGGCACCUAAAUCAGUGUGCAGUGAGAGCUGUCCUCCAGGCACUCGGAAGGCUGUUCAGAAAGGAAAGCCUGUUUGUUGCUUUGACUGCAUAACAUGUGCUGAAGGAGAAAUCAGCAAUCAGACAGAUUCUAUUGAUUGUAUGAAGUGCCCUUCAGAAUACAGGUCAAAUAACAAAAGAAACCACUGCAUCUUAAAAGCCAUUGAAUUCCUGUCAUUUGGAGAAAUCAUGGGGAUGUUGCUGAUGAUCCUUUCAUUGAUUGGGGCUUGUUUAACCACUGCUGUAGCUAUUGUUUUCUUUCAUUACAGAGAUACCCCCAUUGUUAAAGCUAAUAACUCUGAACUCAGUUUUCUUCUUCUGUUUUCAUUGGCACUGUGUUUCCUUUGUUCACUUACUUUCAUUGGCCAGCCCUCUGAGUGGUCCUGCAUGUUGCGCCACACUGCCUUUGGGAUCACAUUUGUCCUGUGCAUCUCUUGUAUUCUGGGGAAAACAAUAGUUGUGUUAAUGGCGUUUAGGUCUACACUUCCUGGUAAUAAUAUGAUGAAAUGGUUUGGGCCAGCCCAGCAGCGGCUAACUCUUUUUGCAUUCACAUUCAUUCAGGCCUUAAUUUGCACUCUUUGGUUAAUAAUAUCGCCUCCGUUUCCAAAUAAAAACAUGAACUCUUUCAAAGACAGAAUCAUUCUAGAAUGUGACCUGGGAUCUGCUGCAGCAUUCUAUGCUGUGUUAGGGUAUAUUGGCUUUCUUGCUGCCAUGUGUUUUGUGCUUGCUUUUCUGGCUCGAAACCUACCAGAUAACUUUAAUGAAGCUAAAUACAUUACAUUUAGCAUGCUCAUAUUCUGUGCUGUUUGGAUCACCUUUAUACCAGCUUACAUUAGUUCACCUGGGAAGUACACAGUUGCUGUAGAAAUAUUUGCAAUUUUAUCUUCCAGCUUUGGUUUGCUCUUCUGUAUUUUUGCUCCUAAAUGUUAUAUUAUAUUAUUUAAGCCUGAGAAGAAUACAAAAAAACAUUUAAUGGGAAAAGUUCCCUCGAAGUCACUUUAGUGUGCUUGAAAAUU